AUGACCACCACGCAAUUUGAAAACCUACCAAAUGAUGUAAUCCGUUUGAUAUUUGAUUACUUGAAUGUUGAUAUAAAUUUAUAUCCAUUAUUUUCAAACUUAAACUCACGCUUCGAUUAUUUACUUGCUGAUCCUUUUCGUCGAUUUUCGCUCAAUGUUUUACAAACUAAAACUGUUUAUAAAUCCAUAUUACCACUCAUUUCUAGUCGUUUAGUUCAACUAACAUUUGCCAAAGGUAAUUAUUCUCCUGAAUUAUUUUUCACAUAUUUUAAUAUUGAAGAAUUUAUUUAUCUUCGAUCGUUAACAUUUCUCGGUACAAAUAUUUCACAAAUAGAAUUUCUGAUUAGAAUGUGUGUUUUUGAAAAUUUUUCAAACGAACUCUACUUGGAAAUAUUUGAUUAUUUAUCCUCGAUUGAUAUUUUAUAUGCAUUUACUAAUCUAAAUUCAAAAUUUGAUUCAUUACUUAACGUUAUCCCUUUAUACAUUGAUCUGAUGACUAUUACAUCGAUAGCUGAGUUUGAUAAACAUACAAUUAUAUCAAAGUAUCAUGAGCGCGUUCUAGGUUUACGAUUAUCGAACCGAAAUAUGCCGAAUCAAAUUGAUUUGUUUUUAUCUCGGUUCAGCAUUGAGAAUUUCAACAAUUUAGAUUGUUUAACACUUGCUGAACCACGAUUAAACGAAUGUGAAGUGAUUCGAUAUUCUCAUAUCACUUAUUUGUCAGUUAAUCUAAGUAAAUUUAAUCAACUAAAUCGUACUGUCCUCAGUUCGUUUAUCUUUUCGAGUCAAACAUUGCAAACAUGCAUAUUAAAUUUAAAUGGUCUUGUUUAUUUUGAAGAUGAUCAAAUUCAACCAAAUUUAAUUAAAUAUUUAUCAAUUAAUUGUUGUUUAGCUAAUGAAUUCGAUUUGUUACUCAAACAUAUACCUAAUAUUAAAGAAUUAGAAGUUCAUUUGAUCAGUAUCGGUCUGAAUAAUAAUGCAUUGUCAAGUUUUUCUCCUGAAUAUAUUUGUACAUCAGUUCCAAAGUUGACGAGACUAUUAAUAAAUAAUCGUAAUGUACAGUUACCAUUUCGAACAUUUUUAUAA